GGGUGUGUAAGCACCUUGCAGCAAUUGGAGCAGUGGCGAGAUCGAAGUAACCAACCACUACGUUCCUAUUCAAAAUCCAUUGGCGCUUAACUAUCCGAGGAAGGGCGUGCGGUAGCUACGUCAAAAGCCUACCUUGGUCGUCCUUUUGACAGCAGCGAUAUGAACUCAUCGAAGACUUUCGGAAUUCCUUCGCGCUCUUCUCUCAGUUGGUUGCAUUCGACAAGUCAUAUUCGGAUAUCAGGCCGCGCGGGUAUCCGAGCAGCCUCAUUCUGCGAGCUGAGGAAACAUCUAGAACGUGGAAAUAUUUUGCGGGGUGCUACAUCCCGAUCGUCCAUCGGCGCACCAGGCCAAGGAGUUGCCAUGAGCACGCGGUCCGCACACCGGGUUCCUAUCGAACCACAACGUGUCGACGCACCCCUAACCCAGUCUGCGACCUUUCUCGUGGUCGCUAUCGCUCCUACGCCAGACGCCGCUCGUGUCGUAUGCUCAGUCCUCUCAAGCAUCGGGAGUUUAGCUAAAAACGUCGCUAUCCGAGAUCUUGGCGCCGCAUCCUCCUGCACCGUAGGAAUCGGCAGCAACGCAUGGUCCUCGCUUACUCGGAUCCCGCCUCCGGCAGAGCUUCAUCCAUUCCCCCCAGUCCAUGGUCAGAAACAUACUGCUGUCUCGACACCGGGGGACUUGCUAUUCCACAUCCGCUCAGAACGGCGAGAUCUGUGUUUUGAAUUUGAGAAGCAGUUGCUUGACGCGCUUGGUGACUCUGUUACUGUCGUUGAUGAGACGAUUGGCUUCCGCUAUUUCGAUGUUCGCGAUCUUCUAGGAUUCGUCGAUGGCACGGCUAAUCCGGUAGGCCCUGAUGUGCCAGACUCCGUCCUCGUGGCGGAAGAGGACGCAUCCUACGCUGGGGGCAGUUAUAUCGUUGUUCAGAAAUAUGUGCAUGAUAUGAAGGCAUGGAGCGGGCUCUCCACUGAGCAGCAAGAAGCCAUAAUCGGGCGCAAGAAGCUCGAUAACGUCGAGUUGGACGAUGCCGCAGAGGGUCAGCAACAGUCUCACAAGUCGCUUGCCACAAUCGAAGAUGAGAGUGGUAAUGAGCACGACAUUCUUCGCGAUAACAUGCCAUUUGGGUCUCCGGGUUCGGGUGAAUUUGGAACUUACUUUAUAGGGUAUUCAAGGCGAUUAUGGGUUAUAGAGAAGAUGUUGCAGCGUAUGUUCAUCGGCCAUCCGCCUGGUUUGCACGAUAGGAUACUUGAUUUCUCGACGCCAUUAACGGGCACGACCUUUUUCGCACCAUCAUCAGAUUUCCUAAAAAGUCUAGGGAUGGGACUAUGAUAUGUACUCGGAUGUGACUACCUGUUGUUAAUCUCAAUAUAUUUCUAAAACCGAAA